AUGAGAGUGUCUUGGAUUCUUCCAGCCACGAUGGCGCAUAGAGAGCUGCGAAGUGGCCAGAAGGAUCAGGGUAUGGAGGUGACCGGAGACGGGAUGCAGUUAACCAUUUAUCUGGACUCGUACGCUCCCCAGAUGGAUUUGUCUGGCAUCUAUCAUUGCAGUCUGCUUUUGCAACUAACGGGCAGUAAUGGCUCGGAAAUGGCAUGGCACUACCUCAAAUGGGGCUUCCAAGUCUAUAAAAAUGAGCCGUCCCUACUCUCUUCCCCCUCCAUCAGCAAGUGA